AUGAUUUAUUUCUUCUUUAUUUCCUGGUGUUUGCUUAUUCGUCUAGUUAGAAGUGAACAAACAGAUGUGUCUUCUUGGUAUAAAACUCAAAUAGUCGAUACAGUUAUUCCACCAUAUCAUGCAGCUUAUACAACAUUAAAUGAAAAAAUCGUCCAACGAUUAUUAACAGCCAAUAUCGACAGUGAUGAAACAACAAUAAGAACAUUAGUUGAUUCUCUGGUAUGUGCAAGUCGAAAUGUACAAAACAAAUUAACUGAAGCAACUAAAGCUAGUGAAGAAAUUCGUAAUUCACUCGAUGAAAAAAUAGCUCAUCUUGUUCUUUCAAUUGUUAAUCAAGAAAAUAAAGUUCGAGAAAGUCAAGAAUCUGUUAAUCAAGCAAAUAUCAAUAUUGAGCAUGUUCAACAACAAGUGACAACAGCUGAAAAUGCUGUUCAAGAUAGGCAAAAUGCAUUGAAUACAGCCGAACAUGAUAUGCGUGCAGCUCAAAAAGCAGUUGAACGUGCUCGUGUAUGUGGUCGACGACGUCGAAAACGAGGUUUUGGUAAAUGGUGGCGGAAGAAAGUUGAAAAACCUUUUGUUCAAGCUGUUCGUCAAACAGUUAUUAAACCUGUAUGUAGUGUAAUUAAUUCAGGAGGUAUUGAUAAUGCCAAACAUCGACGAGCAUUAGCUGAACAUACGUUUCGUGAAGCUCAACAACGUCUAACUCAAUAUCAACAAAAUUUAGCUCAUCAACGAGCACAACAUGCAAUUGCUCAAACACAAUUAAAUGAAGCAAAUUCUCAAUUAAAUAUCCUUAAAAAUCAACUUAAUGAACAAAAAGCAAAACAACUAAUUAUAAUAUUACUUAUUAAACAAUUUAAAAGUGUUGAAAUACAUUUGAAAGAUGUAUUAGGUUCAUCGGUUGUUCUUGAAGAUGCUAUAAGUCAAUUGAUUAAUUUUCAACUUGUUAUUGCACCACUUCAUGCUAUUUAUAAUGAAAUGAUUACAAACAAUGUGAUGAACUCUUUCAAUUUUGAAAUUUCAGCUGAAAUGAUAGCAAAAAUUUUAACCAAUUUAACAUUUUUAAAGGAGAAAAUGCCUAAAAUGCCACUAAAUGAAAUUAUAGUGGAAGAUACAAACAUUGCUUGUCCUUAA